CCAUGUCUUUGCCUUCCACUAGCCACAUCAGCUCAGCAUGAACGCGUUCGCAGACAACGCACAGCUUGACUUUUUAUCUGCAGACGUCCCCGACCCCACCGACUUUCCACCAUCUGAUGUCGCCCCCGGCCUCCGCCUCCUCGACGAGGCCCUGCGAUGUAGCGUGUGUCAUGAACUCUACGACGCGCCCGUCACGCUCAAUUGUGGGCAUUGCUUCUGCUCACUGUGUGUGCGAAACUACCUGAAAGACAAGAAAGAAUGUCCGAGUUGUCGAAAGGAAGCGUCGGACACGCAAUUGCGGAAAAACGUUGCACUUGAGAGCGCAGUGAGGGCGUGGGCCGCUGCUAGAGAGUUCACUCUACGCCUUGCCAAGCAAGAGGCGAACCGUCUGGCAAGGAACGCGAGUGAAGAAUCUUCACGACCAAGAAAGCGGCGGCGGUCCACUCGGUCGUCUGGAGGCAGCUCGUCAGACGAGGUUGAAAUUGUGGAAGGGCCUUCGUCGUCCACGUCGAGACGUCCUGCUCCGAGCCAGAAAAAACAACGCCCGAACAAGUCCCCACGCACACCUGACACGCCCUCCACCCCGACGACACCCAGCUCCUCAGAUGACCUAGUCGACUGCCCGAUGUGCCAAAGACGCGUGCCCUUCCAGAUCAUCAACCAGCACAUCGACAGCAGCUGCAAGCUCAGCGCCGCCGCGCCGCUCUCCCCGCGGAAACCGAAGGGGAAGGCGCAACAGGAGUGGUCCAAGAUCCUCGGCGGGGGCGCAGGGCCGGGCCGUCGAGGCCACAAAGAGCGAGACGGCGAACGAUUGAAGUCGCCUGUGUCGCAACCAGAUGACGAACCGGAGUAUCUCCCGACAGUCUCGUACCGUACGCUCAAGGACAAGCGCAUACAAGAGCUGCUUCACGAGCACGGCCUGCCCACGACGGGCGACCGUAACGCGUGGGACCGCCGACACCAAAAGUGGGUCAUGCUCUACAACGCGAACCUCGACCGCGCGCCCAGCGACCGCCACACGCCCGACCAGCUCCGGCGCGAGCUGCAGAAGUGGGAGGCCAGUGGUGCAGGCGGCGGGUCCGGAGGCGCAGGGAGGAAGAAGGCGGGGGAAGUGAAGGACCUCGUGGCGUAUCAGACGGCGCAUAAGGCGGAGUUCGCGAAGCUGGUCGAGGCGGCGCGGCCGAAGCGAGGCCCGCAAACGAGCCAGAGCCAGAGCGGGCAGGAGGAGGACGUCGAGGACACUGCUGAGCAACAGCAGAGUGAUGGAGAUGUUGGUGCUGGUCAAAGAGUAAUGAACCACGCAGCAGCCAGCUGACACUGGCAAGUCUUUUUUGCAAAAUGUCAGGCGUGGCUAUGGACCUUGACACAGUGGUCUAGCAGGUCGCGAUGUUGGCAUCCUCGACUGCUGUAUAUUGUCGUGCAGAGAAUUUCAUUCCCGGGUAUAUUUGGUUGCUGGUCACACUCGUCUUCGAACCAACAAAGACUAAACCCAAAGUCUGUCGACAUUGCUGCAGUUCUGGAUGGCCUCAGCUUGUCUCUGCGCCGCCCUGCC